GAUCGAGAGGACCAGGGCGACACGGAAACGCUUGAGGAUCUUGGGCACUUCGAGGAAAAAGUUGGAUCGUUCGACUUCCUUUUUCGUGGCUCCCCAUGUGAUAUUGUACGAGACCAAAUGAGCGAGAAUAGCCUUGCUAAGAUGGAUCGAGAGACCACCAAAGAAGAUGAAGCUGCGAUGCGCAUUAGUCAUAGCACACCACAUAAGAGAAGCGACUUACAAGAAGGGAAUCCACAUAAUGUUUUCAAGGAGCGCUCCCAGGAAGCCCUUGUGUCCCAAUCGAUACAUGAGAAUCGAAUAGGCAAGGUUACCACAGAUGGGGAACACAAAGCUGAUACCGAUCCAAACCUCGAAACUGCGAAGGUAGUAUCCGUCCGUAGGCAGCUGCCAACCGAGCAAGAGGUAGUUGAGCAAAGCCAAGACGAAUGA